AUGGGAAGUCGCUUAGUAUUAAAGACUCUUAAAGACGCUGGAAAAGGACGUCUAGCAUAUCCCGUGGAAAACUCUACCCCUCCUGUAUCGCGAGAUCUAAUCAAGUCCCAGCUUAAAGAUUUUCGAGAGAGUUUACCUCGAUGUAUAACUGAUUAUGCUGAUCAUGGGUUAGGGUUUAUCAAGAGAAAUAAACGGCUGAGUCAAUAUCUGAAAGGGAAAAAAACGCUAACCAAAGCUCGAUCACAAGUUCAUGGAACGAGUAGCGUCGCACAGGUGUAUCAGAAUGCAAAUCGUCUUUUUUCGAAGCAAGCUAAAGUAUAUCAUUGUGAUUUCUUUCGACUUCUCUAUUUCCCACCAGAUCACUUUUUGUCACUCUUUCGUAAAAGCAAGCCUGGGGUCAAUGUACGCAUAGUGGGCGAGGUGUUUCUCAACGGAAAUGUUGCCACUGAUGACGGGAAACAGUUGAAAUCUACAGAGUUAUUCAAACAGAAGAGCAAAAUGGAAAGCUAUGGCAGGAAACAAGAUGUGAAUAAAUUCAAAUACAAAUUCCCACUAUUCGCUGGCGAUGGGACUAAUAUACCUAAAAACUACGCUUAUUUGAGACGCUAUCUGCGGGUAUUCGUGGAUAAAUGCUUUAUCAAAGAAUGGACCAAAUUGAAUGGCGAUAAGGCCGUUUCGGAACAGGUCCGGUUCUCACAAACUGUACAUGGCCGGCAGAGGAAAAUUACCAAUGAUGAUGGCAUCAAGUGGAAAUACUUGGAUACUACAGGCCAGAGCAAACGCGGGGUAGCCAAGGAUGGCUUCUACUUGUACCAAGUUCUGAUAUUUCCAGAUGUACAUACAAAGCAUGAGUUUGAGGCGAACAUCGUGAGAAGCGUGCAGACAGUUGCCAAUCUAGAAUGGCCAGUGUUUCUCAAGGGUAACACUCCAGGCAAAACCUGGGUUCAAGAAGUAAACAAUAGAGUUCGGGUUUCCAACCUGAACACCUACCUAGUGCGCGACCAGGUUCCAAGCGUCGUCGAGAAGAUUUGA